CUAAUUAAAGAACAAUUCUAAUUGAAAAUAAUAUGUUUCAACAAGAGUGAAGAUUAUAUGUAUAUAUAUCUGCUCUGUCUGCAUUGUGAAAAAACAAAUUCUAAGAAAUGAGGCAAUUUGAGGUCAUCUUCAUCUCCUUUCCUGGUAAUCUAGGCAAUCUCGUUCCAACCGUUCAAUUCGCUCGUCAUUUGACCAAUCGCGACCCUCGAUUCUCCGCCACCAUACUCAUGAUCGACAUCUGUGAGCGGCCCUUGGUUAACGCGUAUAUCCAUUCUUGUGCCGCUUCGUCUCCUCAUAUUAACUUCCACCACCUGCCUCCGGUGGAUCCUCCCUCACCAGAUCAGUAUCAGUCCUCAUUGGGCUACUUUUGUCUCUUAGUGGAAAAACACAGGCCUCACGUAAAACAAGUCAUCACCAAAUUACUCAACCCAACCGAGUUAGAAUCUGAGUCCAACUCUGUACGAGUUGCGGCGUUGUUCGUUGACAUGUUCUGUACGUCUAUGAUCGAUGUCGCCAGAGAACUCGGCGUCCCUUGCUAUCUUUUCUUUGCAUCUCCAGCGAGCUUCUUGCGGUUCAUGCUCCAUUUACCAACCUUAGAAGCCCAACUAGCCACUGACUACACUCUUGACCCAAAAACUGAGUUGCUUGUCCCAAAAGACCCUGCCGCUGUGUUGACCAUCCCGGGUUUCACCAACGCCCUUCCCCCAAGCGUAUUGCCCACACGAGUUUUGAAGAAAAAAAAUGAUGGGUAUUUCUGGUUCUUGCAUCACGCAGGGAGAUACACGGAAACAGAUGGUCUUGUAGUGAACACAUUUCGAGAGCUGGAGCAACAUGCGGUUGACUCGCUUUGCAAUGGCGAGUUCCCGCCGGUUUACCCAAUUGGCCCGAUCGUUGACCUUGCUGGACCGGCUCAAUGGCAUCCAGACCGGGCUGGCCAUGAAAGUAUUAUAAAUUGGCUAGAUGGCCAAACCCCAUCAUCAGUCGUGUUCUUAUGUUUCGGUAGCUUGGGAAGUUUGAGUGUUGACCAAUUAAGGGAGAUUGCUACAGGACUGAACCGGGCUCAAAUCCGGUUUAUCUGGUCUAUACGUGAACCACCUAAGGAGACUUUAGAUCUUCCGGGUGAAUAUAAAAGCUUGCAGGAGAUAUUACCAGAUGGGUUGGUGGAUGAACUUGAGGGGAUUGGAAAAAUAUGCGGAUGGGUUCCACAAUCAAAGAUUUUAGGCCACGAAGCUGUUGGUGGAUUUGUGUCACAUUGUGGGUGGAAUUCAGUGUUGGAGAGUUUAUGGUUUGGCGUACGAAUUGCGGCAUGGCCGCUGUAUGCAGAGCAGCAAAUGAAUGCAUUUCAGCUGGUGAAGGAAUCGAAAAUGGCGGUGGAAAUUCGAUUGGAGUACAGGGAGGGUAGUGAUCUGGUGUUGGCAGAAGAAUUUGAGAGAGGACUGAAGCGGUUGAUGAAGGGUGAUGAUGAAGUGAGGAAGAAUAUAAAGCAAACGAGAGAGAAGAGUAGGAUGGCUAUUAGUGAAAAUGGAUCGUCUUACAGAUCACUGGGAUUGUUGAUAGAUAAACUGGCGGUCAACACUUAAAAGGGGAUUUUAGUUGAGUUGUUCAUGUAAGACUGUAAAUUUUGAUUUGCUAUGCACGCUCAAUAUGCAAUAAAAGAUUUUAACAAUUUCCUCUA